AUGCUCAUAUUCGAGUAUCACGGCGUGGCAGUGGUCCCUGCCCGAAAUACUCGUGAAAUCGUCCAGCCUGAAUUUGUCUGCCUUGACAAGCUCAACAUGGAGCACAUCACGAGAUUCAUUCCAGAGAUGGCGACCGGCACGCAUGCCCUGAUAUUCUGGCACAUCCGAGACCGCGAACAUCACGGGAUGAUGGCGAUUGGCGACGAUGGCGUCGAAGGCCUGAAGCUCUGGAUCCUGAAAUUGUGCGAUGACGGCUCGCUGAGUGCUGGCCCUCAUCCACCAGACUACGACGUCACCGACAACUACAUCGAGGUCGGGACCGUACCCGUACCACAGCCAUGCAAGCUGGGUGGUUUCAUCCAUGUAUGGGGCAGCCGAGUCGUCUCGAACGAGCGCCACAGAAUCCCUCACAUGAAGGCAAUUACUGGCGACGAUAUGGAUGGGUUGUUGGCCGUUAUUCACUUCCGACCGCGAAACGACGAAGAUCUCAGCGAUGAACUGAUGCCAAGCUGGGAGGGGAAACACAUGGAAGUUCUGUAUGAGAUCGUCAACCAGGCCGUCCCCCGGCUUCGCGGUGGGGAUAGCGUCUUGCUUGCCAGGGGCGUCAAGCUGUUCGAUUUCACGUUCGAAUCAUUCUUGGCAGGGGUCAAGAAGCACGGCUGCCUCGUGAACGAGGACAACGUCCUCUGCGUUAGCCAUCGCCACGACGAGCUCUCGACCUACGCGAUGGAGGUCAAAGGACGUGAGGGCUGGGAAGGAUUGGUCAAUCACAUCAAGAAAGUCAUUCUUGGAGGUGACGCUGUACCGCUGUCGCCUAUGACUGACAUGAACCGUACAGUCACCAGAUGGUUCAACACUGCUGCUCGCCAAGGCAGCGUUUGCGGGGGUGCUCACGUUCGUUGGUUUGCCGGGCUGGUGGCCGAGAGGGACACAGAUCCCGUGGAGAUGACACAGGAAGAAUUUACGCUUGCCAUAUCGCGAGUCGACCAAGAUCUAUUGGCCCCUAGAAUACAUGAGGAUGACGAAAAGCUGAGAUCUUGCUACCAACCAUGUGGAACGUAA